UCUAGUUGACCCAUGUCGCACCCUGUCAAAAUUAGAUCGUGAGUCAAUAAGACAUCUUUCUUCCGGAUAUAUUUAAGAGAUAAAUGCUCAAAAUUGUUCACAGUAAGAAGAUAAAAAUGAGCAUCAAUAAUAUUUCCAAUAAGAUGUAGCUAAUGUACUCUCAUUGUGAAGGUCCUUAAACUUUAUAAGAAAAAUCUCAAUAUUUCCUGGUGUAACAUAAGACAUGCAGACAAUGAAUAAAGGAAAGAUUUCAAGAGCUUUUGACCCCAGUAGUCAUGUGACCUAGUAAUACAGAUGAGAUACUCUAAUUAUGUGACGUUUAGUUAUUAUCAAAAUUUCAUUUAGAUGAUAGUGCAAUAAAUAGUUUAGAAAAACUACAAUGGAAAAUUUAGAUUCAAAAUCGACAAAUACAGAAAGAAGAGAGGAUGCUAAAACAGGAAUUAGGUAUAGAAUGACCAAAACAAAACCAGCCAAUUUUAGCGAUCUGAAAGCUAAAUUUGACUCUACGGGUGGUGUGAAUGCCACAAAUAUAAUGAACACAAAAAUCUCGACCACCACUACAAGUAAACAAGAAUUACAGACAACACAGCGUUUCCAAAGAAAUUCAGCUUUAAGAGCAUCUAAAGAAAAAUCAGAUGAUGAAUUGAAAGAUUUGUUGUUACAUACCAAAUUUACAAUAGGUGCUGAAGGUGAAACAGUUGAGCCAAAGAUGGCAGUUUCCAAGGUUUUCCGUGGAAGUGGGAACAAUGUUUGUCAGGCAACAGUCGAAAAUAAACUUCAGAGGCAUGAUUCUGGUGAAAUGUCUUUAGCACCAUCAAAUAAGAAUGCUGCCAUGUCAAUACUAAGUACAAAUUUAGCUUUAGCAAGAAUUCGGCCAGGUUCUGGUGGUAAGAAAGAUGACAAUGUGCCUAGUAAUAUACAACAAAGUUUUAAUGUUUUUUCCAAAAACUCUAAAAGCAGUGUCACUUCCACAAGUUCCCACCGGGAGACAAAUAUAUCAGGAACAAAAACAGAGUCUCGGUCUUAUACUAGCAAAUAUUCAUCUACUUCCUCACAAAGUGUUGUUCCCAAGGAACCUGGAUUAAGCUUUUCAAAAGAUACAUCAGAAUCGGGUCAUGAUAAAUUAAGUCGGAAUAAUUCCUCUGGUUCUGACUUGUCAGACACGAGGUCAAACAUAUCUAGGAAUAAUAGUUUUAACAAAAUCAGUGCCAAUUCUAAACCACGUCCUUUCAGUCCAAAUACAAAAAAAAAUUCAGAAACAAGUGUGACACAGAUAGUUCAAAAACAAAGAAGUCUGACAAGGACUUCUUCCGCAGGUUCUGAAGAUGCACGCCCUGAAUGGCUCAAGAAAAGGGAGGUGUUGGUUUCUAAUUUUCAAACUCGUUUAAAACACAAACCAGUAGAAACCAAAACGGAAACAAAGACAUCAUCUUCAGAACUUCAUUCCAAAGUAAAGGAAAUAAAAUCUGAAGGAGACAAAUUUCCUUCAAGUGGCAUUUCCAAACAGAAAAAACUAACUAGAACACUUGAUGUUGAUGGAUGUGUGAGAAAACAUAAAGAUUCUUCCUCUCCAGAGCCUCAGUCUCCAAGAGGCUAUCAGUCACCAAGGGGAACUAACUCUCCAACAGGGAGCAUGUCCCCAAAAGGUGUUCAAUCACCAAGAGGAAGCUUGAGUCCAAGAGACAGUACAGCUUCAGAACUUGAUGAAUUCAAUGAAAUUCGUAAAAAUAUUUUCAAAAGGCGGGAGAGUAAUAAGGAUAUGAACUUUGACCGAAGCCAUUCUGUGGAGACAACAAAACAUGUAGAAUAUCAAUCUAAAAAAAUGACAGCAGAUUAUUUCAAAAAAUUAAAAAGUGACUUUGAACAUAUAGCUGCUGAGUCUGAUGCAAAACAGGGCAGGAAACCAAAGCUUCAAAAUGUGAAGACCAGUAGAACAUUUGAAGAACAAAAACAUUCAUUUGAAUCACAGAUGUCACCUUCUUCACCAAAGUCUAAACUACAGACUUUGAAACGUUUACAGGAACAAGGUCAAAUACCAAAUGUCAGGGCUGUUUCUUCUGCUUUAAAUUUAGACUUUGGAAGACCAAGAGCUGCUAGUACAGGUAGUAUUACUGCUGAUUUAUAUACUGAUAAUAUUUAUGAGGCCAUGGGUGAAGAAUAUCAUGACUUUGAAGGAUUUGAGAAGUAUGAACCAAAGGCUUGGCCAGACACAGAUAGUACCAGCUCUGAUAAUGAAGGGAUUUAUGACUAUAUAAAAGAUACAGAUCCAAAAGGAAAAGUUGAGAAAAAAGUACAAUCUAAAACACCAGCAAGAAGAUAUGGUCAGAAAAGUUGUUCAGUAGGGAAGGGAACAAGUAGACCAAGUUUUGAUAAAGACGAAGAUGUCAACCAUCAUGAUCCAAGUUCAUCAGAAAUCACUGAGGGUAGUAGUAAGGAGGGCACUAUGGAGAGUACUGAUGAGAGGUGUGGUGUAGAUGGUGAUAUAGAAUACGAUUCAGAUAGCAGUGGAAAUUCUGGAAUUUACGAACCUAUAAAUCCUGAUCAGAAAAGACGCCAGGAAGAGAAAUCAUCAAAUUUACCCCCAGAAUUACCGGCAGAUAGAAAGAAGAAAAAGAAAGAGAAAGAGAAACAAGGCAAAACAUUUGGUUCUAAACUUAAACAGAUGUAUAAGUCAAAACCAAAGGAUGGGGUGAAGGCCGGUAAAAAGACCAAAAUGAAACAUGUGACAUCAGACUCUGCUAUUCCUAGUCAAGGGUCAUCGGGCAUGCUAAAUAAACUGGGUAAAUUUUACAAGCGUGUGAAAUCCGACACUAAGAUGAUCAAUGAGCAGAACGAACAAGAAGAAGUGGUUAUUUCCAGUAGUGAUUAUGAUGGUAGUGAUACUAAUCCAAUUGAGGAAAACAUAGAAAUUUUGGAAGAGGACAGUGAUGGAAUAACUAUGCAUGACAUUGACUAUAUUGAUGCUUCAUCUACAUUAGACAAUCUACCACAACCACCAGUGGUACCCAAAGUGGAAGUGGAGCCCCCAUUACCACCGAAACCACAAAAAGAUGAGCCACCUAUCCCCCCUCCACCAAGAACAGGUGAGGCUGCUGUUCCCCCACCUCCUCUACCACCACGACUUAGUGUAGGUCCCAGUUCAAUACCAGAAGAUGAUCUCCUGAGCUCACCACCACUGCCACCAAGGGAAAGAUUAUCCAUGACCUUUGACCUAGAUACAAUUGUACCAAUUUCGCUAGGAAAGAAAUCUGAAGAUGGGAAGACUUGGCCCGGUGUAAGAGACAGCUACCUGCAUGGUCACCAUGUUAAAAGUGCAUCUGACCUACAGAUUGGUGAUGAACCCGGGAAAAGUAACACAGAUGACACACCCCCUCCUCGACCAAGCCCUCCUAUAAACAGGAGGAAAAAAGGUAAAGAGGACUACAUCCUGCCUGACCCAGGAGUUGAAGAGAAAAAAUCAGAUUUUGUUAAUGGAAAACAGCCAUUGGACAAGAGGCCAUCAUCAGGGUACUUAAGAUUUGGUGAUAUAUCAGGAGAAUCCAGCAGUGAUAUUCAAGCUCCAUUCAGUCAUCUGUAUAAGUUCAAAAAUCAGUUAAAAGAUGACAAUGAAGGCAAUCAACUGUAUAUUGAACUGAAUGACGACAUGUUGUACGGUACAAUGGACAGAAGAUAUACAACCAAGUUUGAGUCAGAGCCUCUCUAUCAAGUGUAUAACAAGGACAAAGUAACAAGAGCCAGUAGAAAGUUCACCCCUGCUAUCUCCAGUGACAGUGAGGUAGAAUCUGGAGAUGAAGGAAUUUAUGAAGCAGUAGAUGAGAUUCUAGAGAAAGCUAAAGGUGACAUAUCAGUUCCAGAUAAACCUAAAAUGUCCACAUUGGAGAUGUUUGGUAAAACUGGGUCGGUGCUCAGAGCCCUGUGGAGUGAAAUGCCAGAGGUAAAAGAAAGUGGAUUUUUGAAUUCAAUAUCAGGUCAAGAAAGGAAGAUACAGGAGGCCAUGUUUGAAAUCAUCACCUCUGAAGCCUCUUAUCUUAAGAGUUUAAACAUAUUGAUAGAUACAUUUCUGAGGUCACAGGAGUUCUCUGCUGAACUGUCUGAUAAAUGUGUCAUAAAUCGCCAAGAGAGACAUGUGCUCUUUUCUAACAUUGGUGCUGUUAGGGAAGCAAGUGAAAGUUUUUUAUCUGAUUUAGAAGCCCGAUGGCAGAAGUCUUGUUUAUUGUCUGAUGUCUGUGAUAUUAUUUACCUACAUGGUAUUAAUAAGUUUGAAUGUUACGUCUGUUACUGUAGCAACCAAACAUUCCAAGAACGAGCGAUUCAGGAACUUGUCAAAAGACCGGAGUUUAUUGAGGCCUUAAGAAGAAUAGAGAGAAGUCCUGAAUGUCAGGGUUUACCUAUGACUUCAUUCCUGUUACUGCCGAUGCAGAGGAUAACACGAUUACCACUUCUUGUGGACGCAAUUUGUCAUAGAUUGUCUCCAGGGACAGAGAGACAUAAAUCUGCUUCCAGGGCAUUAGAUGCUCUCAACAGGGUUGUGAAAAAAUGUAAUGAAGGAGCCAGAAGGAUGCAGCAAACUGAACAAAUGUGUCUAGUUGUACAGAACUUAGAAUUCAAGGUCAAGGAAAUUCCUUUGAUAUCAGCAUCAAGAUAUCUGGUCAAACAAGGGGAGCUAACCAGACUAGUUACAGAGACAUCAAGUCGUCUCCCCUUUGGUAAAGGAAAACCUAGUAAACAAUCCAUUUACCUUUACUUAUUUAGUGAUUUAUUAUUAGUCAGCAAAAAGAAAGGAGUUAGAUUUUCCUAUCCUUUCACACCACAGAAUUUAAAUUUAUUGUUCAAUAACCAGUAUGUAGUGACAGACUAUGCUUUACGUAAUGCCCUACAUGUUGAGAAUGUAGACCACACAGACAAAUCACGCCAUCUUCCUCAGGGUGCACCCAGUGGGUGUAAAAACAUAUUUGUUGUUGUACUGCUAGAGAAUUAUGAACAUAGACAAGUGGAACUAGUAUUAACUUGUAAAUCACCGAGUGAUAAAUCAAGAUGGAUAGAUGCCUUAAGUCCUGUUACUAAGGAAACAGACAAUGAAAAGAUAUAUGAAGAGUGGGAUUGUCCCCAAGUACAGUGUACAAGGAAGUACAUAGCCACAGAACCAGAUGAGUUAUCAUUAGAGGAGUCAGAUGUUGUCAACGUCUUCAAGAAAAUGGCUGAUGGUUGGUAUGAAGGUGAGAGAAUAAGAGAUGGAGAGAGGGGUUGGUUCCCUGCCAACUGUACAGAAGAGAUUGUCAACUCUCAUGUGCGAGCCAGAAAUCUGAGAUUAAGAUAUAGACUGCUAGCUGCCUCUGAGGAAUAUUCUUCUUAUAAUAACAUGACUUCUAAAGCAUAAUUGAAAAAUAUUGUAAAAUAAGUGUUUUAUCUGCUACUUUAUAUUUAUAUGAGAUUUAUUCUGUAUCAGUGUAUGAUCUGUAAGGCACCAGUUCAGUUUCUGUAAUACUUUAAACAGUUGAAUUAAGAUUUUCUUUUUGUGGGUAAUGUCAGGGCUUUAGUCUGGAAAAACCCUUUAAGAUUUGAAAUUAUAUAGAGAUAAGGCUAGUUGCAUAAUAACAAAGAAAUGAUAAAUGUGAUGACUAAACCUGAUUGUGAUGGUGUAUUCCUCUGACAGAAAAACAUUACAAGGACUGGUUCUUCAAAACAAUUAGGGUCAACAUAAUUUGUUGGGAGGAAUUAGGGAAAACAUGGCAUUAUUUCUUCAUUGUAUUGACUUUUGAAGUUUUAAAAUGGGAUCUUUCUUGAAUCUAAAAUUUGGUUACAAUGAAAUCGGUUUGAUUUAUUAAUGAGAAAUGCAUUUUUGUUUAAAAAAGUAUAAUUUUAUUCUUUUGUUUUUGUUUUUUUUUAGACUUUAAAACAAGUUUAUGUUUGUAUUUAUACAAUUUUUGAUUGUCUUAUAUUUUUCUAAAGAGUUUUGAAAUGAAUAAAAAAAACAAUGGGGAUUUAUUUUUCAGAUUUUUUAAUUUUUUUUUUUAAAUCUGGAGAAUAAUGCUCCAAAAAGAGAGUGAAUUAAGAGACUGGACUGUUUUAUAUUCUCAUAGUGCCAUAUGUUGGACAUUUCUUUACUAUUAAUUACUUUGGGGUACAUAUUUUGAGCACACUCAGCCCUAUGCACAAUGUGAGCUAUUGCCAUCACUUGGUGUCCAUCCUGGUCAUUGUCGUCUUAAACUUUUUCAAAAAUCAUUUCCUCUGCGACAACUGGACCCGUUUCAACCAAACUUAAAUUGAAUGAACAUUAGGGUAUCUAGGAUAAAGAUUGCUGUUGUUAAAUUGCAUCUAUUGAUCUUGAAACCAUGAUAGAUAAUGAAAAUAUGACAUGGACAAAUAUUCUCAGAAUGUCAAGAUGUAACCAUUUAGGAGCCUCGUGGCUUAGUGGUCUAAGUAGUUCACCUACUGUAUCACUAGCCUGUCAACACUGAGGUUGUUAGUUCGAGUCCCGCAUGUGGCCGGUGUGGUCAACUCCAAUCUUAAUUGACUAGAAUUAUCAGUUUUCUACAGGUCUUUGGUUCUCUCCGGGCACUACGGCUUCCUCCACCAAUAAAAACUGACUCUUUUGAGCCUCUUGUUUAUUUAGUGGUUAAUCAAACCAAACAUAACUGUCCAACAAAAUGCAUAUUUUCCAUUGUCUUUUAUAUGUCAAAUUUUAAACCACAAUUUUUCAAACCAAUUACCUGAGAACAAACAUCCAAAAAGUAUCUUUAUAACAUCAGCAUACAUAUUGAACUACGAAUAUAUUGAUUGCUUAACCUGGAAAUGUAAAAGCUUAAUGAAUUAUUAAUGUGUAAUCAUCUUGUAUAAUUUAAACCUGCUUUCUAUGCAAAUGUUUUAAGUAAUUGUUAGUACAGUGUAUUACAUUAUUUUGUUGACUGGUUCCCUGUAUUGGGAAACAGUAUCUGGAAACUUUUUUUUACAGAAGUUUAAAUUAGGACUUGUUAUAAAUAGCAAUAAUUUAUGUUAAUGGGUACAACAUUUUGUGACUUGCUUGUCUGCUUUUUAUAUGACUGCAAAAAAUUUUUGCGGUCGUAUAUUGGUAUGAUGUCGACGUCGCACUCUAACUUUAGUUUAAGUGAAUGGAUCUCUAUGACAUUUUACCAUAAGAUUCAAUACCACAAAAGGAAGGUUGGGAUUGAUUUUGGGGGUUAUGGUAUCAACAGUUAAGGAAUUAGGGGCCAAAAAGGGGCCAAAAAUAAGCAUUUUUGUAACUUCUAGACAUAACUUGUGUGUUAGUGUAUGGAUCUCUCUGACAUUGUACCACAAGGUUCCAUAUCACAAAGGGAAUGCUGGGAUUGAUUUUGGGGGUAAUUGCCUCAAAAUUGUAGGAAUUAGGGGCCAAAAAAGGGGCAAAAAAAAACAAGCAUUUUUCUAGUUUCAUGACAAUAACUUGUGUGUAAGUGUAUGGAUCUUUCUGAAAUUGUACAGUACUACAAGGUUCCAUAUCACAAAGGGAAAGCUUGAAUUGAGUUUGGGGGUAAUUGCCCAAAACUUUUAGGAAUAAGGGGCCAAAAAUAAGCAUUUUUCUAGUUUCCAGACAAUAAAUUGUGUUCAAGUGUAUGGAUCUCUCUGAAAUUGGACUGCAAGGUACCAUACCACAAAGGGAAGGCUGGGAUUGAUUUUGGGGGUAAUUGCCUCAAAAUUUUAGGAAUUGGGGGCCAAAAAGGGGCAAAAAACAAGCAUUUUUAUAUGCCCUUCAAUUUUUGACGGGACGUAUUAUGGUAUACAAAUGUCUGGUGUCCGUCCGUCCGUCUGUCUGUCCGGCGUAAACAUGUCGCACCGUAACUUGAGAAUGACUUAUCCAAAUUUCAUGAAACUUUACAUAGUUGUUUCUUAUGAUGGUCAAACGAUCUGUAUACUUUUUGGUGAAAAUAAGGUUAAAACUUUUUGAGUUACAGGACUUAGUAACUAAAACAGGUGUGUGUUUUUUUUUCACAUGUCGCGCCGUAUCUCAAAAACAAUUUAUGAUUAUUGCUUAAAACUUUACACACUUCUUAGUUAUAUUAAUCUUAAGAUCUGUAUACUUUUUGGUGAUGAUUCAAAAUUUUAUUUUAGAGAUAUUGAGUAUUUUGUUAAAAAAGGGGGAGGGGUUUUUCACAUGUGGCGCCGUAUCUCAAAAACGAUUUAUGAUUAUUGCUUAAAAUUUUACACACUUCUUAGUUAUAUUAAUCUAGAGAUCUGUAUACUUUUUGGUUUUGAUUCAAAAUUUUAUUUUUGAGAUAUUGAAUUUUUUUUUUUAAAGGGGGGUUUUCACAUGUCGUGCCGUAUCUCAAAAACGAUUUAUGAUUAUUGCUUAAAAUUUUACACACUUCUUAGUUAUAUUAAUCUAAAGAUCUGUAUACUUUUUGGUUUUGAUUCAAAAUUUAUUUUAGAGAUAUUGAGAUUUUUGUAAAACAAAAAGGGGGGUUUUCGCAUGUCACACCGUAUGUCAGAAACUAUUUAUGCUUAUUGCAUAAAAAUUCACACACAAGACGACGGGCGUAUCAUGCGCUCAUGGCGCAGCUGUUUAUUCUAGUUUCAGGACAAUAACUUGUUUGAAAGUGUAUGAAUCUUUCUGAAAUUGUACUACAAGGUUCCAUAUCACAAAGGGAAAGCUGGAAUUGAAUUUGGGGGUAAUUGCCCAAAACGUUUAGGAAUAAGGGGCCAAAAAUAAGCAUUUUUCUAGUUUCCAGACAAUAACUUGUGUGUAUGGAUCUCUCUGAAAUUGUACUGCUAGGUACCAUACCACAAAGGGAAGGCUGGGAUUGAUUUUGGGGGUAAUUGCCUCCAAAUUUUAGGAAUUAGGGGCAAAAAAGGGGCAAAAAACAAGCAUUUUUCUAGUUUCAUGACAAUAACUUGUGUGUAAGUGUAUGGAUCUUUAUGAAAUUGUACUACGAGGUUCCAUAUCACAAAGGGAAAGCUGGAAUUGAGUUUGGGGGUAAUUGCCCAAAACGUUUAGGAAUAAGGGGCCAAAAAGGGGCCAAAAUAAGCAUUUUUCUAGUUUCCAGACAAUAACUUGUGUGUUCAAGUGUAUGGAUCUCUCUGAAAUUGUGCUGCAAGGUACCAUACCACAAAGGGAUGGCUGGGAUUGAUUUUGGGGGUAAUUGCCUCAAAAUUUUAGGAAUUAGGGGCCUUGAAGGGGCAAAAAAACAAGCAUUUUUCUAGUUUCAGGACAAUAACUUGUGUGUAAGUGUAUGGAUCUUUAUGAAAUUGUUCUGCAAGGUUCCAUAUCACAAAGGGAAAGCUGGAAUUGAGUUUGGGGGUAAUUGACCAAAAAGCUUAGGAAGAAGGGGCCAAAAAGGGGCCAAAAAUAAGCAUUUUUCUAGUUUCCAGACAAUAAGUUGUGUUCAAGUUUAUGGAUCUCUCUGAAAUUGUACUGCAAGGUACCAUACCACAAAGGGAAGGCUGGGAUUGAUGUUGGGGGUAAUUCCCUCAAAAUUUUAGGAAUAAGGGGCCAUAAAAGGGCAAAAAAACAAGCAUUUUUCUAGUUUCAGGACAAUAACUUGUGUGUUAGUGUAUGGAUCUUUAUGAAAUUGUACUGCAAGGUUCCAUAUCACAAAGGAAAAGCUGGGUUUGAGUUUGGGGGUAAUUGCUCUAAAGGUUUAGGAAUUUGGGGCCAAAAAGGGGCCAAAAAACAAGCAUUUUUCUAGUUUCCAGACAAUAACUUGUGUUCAAGUGUAUGGAUCUCUCUGAAAUUGUACUGCAAGGUACCAUACAACAAAGGGAAGGCUGGGAUUGAGUUUGGGGGUGAUGAAUCAUAAGGGGGUUCAACAAAUUUGGGGGGGGGGGGGGAUUUUUUUUUCCUUUUUUUUCUUUAGAAUUUUCCAUUUUAAAUUGGUUAUUUCUGAUUUAUAUAUAAAAGCAAAUAAUAAUGAUAUGGUUUGAAUAGGUAAAUUAAAACUUUUUAAGUUCUUA